CUACCUCUCUCUCCCUCUGUCGUUCCAUUUUACUGUGUGUGCUCAGGGGGUUUCUUUGCCAUCUGCGAGCACCGCGCUCAUGUGUUUGUGUGUUCAGUCUUAUGCACACACAAUAAACUUUUUUUACCGGACACCAGAUAGAAUUUCAAAGACACCUGCACCGAAAACAAUAAUAUUCGGAACAUUUCUUCCGGACAUAAUCCUGGACUGCUCUGGAGAUCCUUUUUCGUUUGUGGCUUUUAGUACCCCUUUCAACGAUUUCUUUUUCAUUCGAAACAGGAGCUCGGAAACAUGUUGAGGAGAGGAGGUAUUUAUUUUGAAAGGUUCCCGAAGUUGGGACGCCGAUGAUGCGCGAUGCAAGAGGAACACACACUCUGGGCGCCACUGAACUCAUCUAGAGGACCACAUCUCAUCUCCUCCCCUCUCCUUAACUCUACUGACCUCCUCCCUCCCUACCUCUCUCCUCCAUCCCAGUUUAAGACUCCCCCCUCCUUAACUCUACUGACAUCCCACCCUACCUCCCUCCUCCAUCCCAGUUAAAGACUCCCCCCUCCUUAACUCUACCUGUGAGAAGAAAGCUAGUGGGCAGGCCCACUGUACGGUUCCAUUGCCCACUUCUUAUAUAUAUAUAUAUAUUCUUAACACCUGUGAAACACUGACCAAUCACCAUGCAGACAUCAUCUCUCCGCCGCCAGGUGAAGAACAUGGUCAACCAAUACUCAGAGGCAGAGAUCAAGGUCCGCGAGGCGACCUCCAACGACCCGUGGGGCCCCCCCUCCUCUCUGAUGUCAGAGAUCGCUGACCUGACCUUCAACGUGGUGGCGUUCACUGAGGUCAUGGGUAUGAUCUGGAAACGCCUCAACGACAGCGGGAAGAACUGGAGACACGUCUACAAGGCCCUGACUCUACUGGACUACCUGAUCAAAACGGGCUCAGAACGUGUGGCGCAGCAGUGCAGGGAGAACGUCUACACCAUACAGACCCUACGGGACUUCCAGUUCACAGACAGGGAUGGCAGGGACCAGGGGGUGAAUGUUAGGGAGAAGGCCAAGCAGCUGGUGGCCCUGAUGAGGGAUGAGGAGAGGCUGAAACAGGAGAGGACCCUGGCCCUGAAGACCAAGGAGAGGAUGGCUGGAGCAGCUGCAGGGUCAGGGAUGGGCUCUAGUUCUCUACCUCCACCCUACCCAGGCCGCCGUACCAGCCAGCCCAGCAUGACUGCUCUCUACGGGGAUGACUUCAGCCGGUCCAGGGAGUCCCAUUCCUCUUUCAAUUCCACCUCUUCCUCUCCUCGCCGUGCCGCAUCAGACAUGGAACAGGCCCGCCCACAGACCAGCGGGGAGGAGGAGCUACAACUGCAGCUGGCUCUGGCCAUGAGCCGAGAGGAGAGUGAAAAGGUAACACUCACACACACACACACAUUCACACAGUACACACACACACACACACACACACACACACACACACACACACACACACACACACACACACACACACACACACACACACACACACACACACACACACACACACACACACACUGAACAAGUGGCACUGACACACUCUGACUACAUGCAGUGUGAGAAUGUUAUGAAUGUGGCUGCCUCCCUCCCACUCAUACACACUCCCCUGCAGAGCUCAAAUCUCUCUCUCUCUCUCUCUCUCUCUCUCUCUCUCUCUCUCUCUCUCUCUCUCUCUCUCUCUGUCCUCUAAGUGUCAUCCAUUUCACUGAGCCUUAAAUAGAAACCAAUAUCACCCCUCUCUCCUUGUGAUGCGAUCUAUAACACCUGGCCAAUCAAAGACACUAAUACUCAGAGUUGGCCGCCGAUCUGGCCAAUUACAGAGUGCGAUGCUGCAGAGUGAACCGCCGGCAGCUGUGCAGAGUGAAUGAGCGACUGGACUGGACAGGGUGGAGCUAUUGAUCCACUGUUAGCUAGCCUGAUAUUGAUGGCACUGUUAGCUAGCCUGGUAUCGAUCCACUGUUAGCCAGCCUGGAAUUGAUGGCACUAUUAGCUAUCCUGGUAUUGAUCCACUGUUAGCUAGCCUGGAAUUGAUGGCACUGUUAGCUAUCCUGGUAUUGAUCCACUGUUAGCUAGCCUGGAAUUGAUGGCACUGUUAGCUAUCCUGGUAUUGAUCCACUGUUAGCUAGCCUGGUAUU